CGUUUACGCUCCAUCGCCACUGGAGAUCUUGCUUUGAUCCUCAUUUUUCGCGAGUGAUAUAAACAAGGAGGAACCCCUCAUUCAUUUUAUCUCUGUCAUCUUGCAAUUUUGCAUUCACCAACUCAACCCUCAUUUUUCCACAUCAAAGGAAUAUCAGCUUCUUUUCCUACACGAAAGAAAAAAAAGUCUUUGACUCCACCACCACACGCGAGCAACUUCUACCUCCCACACAUACAUCACACGACCGUCACAAUGAAGGUCUUUAGCAACAGCGUCACCUUCAACUACUCCUGGGACGAGGUGUCCACGGCCAACUGGACAAAGUACGGCCCCUGGAACAACAAGUCUGAGCAUGUCAUCGCUGUCGACACACUCUCCCGCGAAGUCGACCCCGCGACAGGUAUCCUCCGAACCGAGCGUCUCAUCACAUGCAAGCAGAGCGUCCCCGACUGGAUCAAGACCAUCAUCGGCGGCACCGGAGACGAGAGCUUCAUGUACGAAGCCAGCUACGUUGACCCCGUCAACAAGACCGUUACCAUGGUCAGCCAGAACUUGACAUGGAGCAACCUCGUCAACGUCCAGGAGGAGGUUGUUUACAAGCCUCUCGGCAACCACCAGACCCAGUUCAUCCAAAAUGCCAACAUCACUGCCCUGUGCGGUGGCUGGCAGCGAAUCAAGAACAGCAUCGAGGACACAAUGGUUUCUCACUUCCGUGAGAACGCCGUCAAGGGCCGUGAGGGCUUUGAGCGCGUCUUGAUGAUGAGCCGCAAGGCUUUCGCCGAGGAGAGGGCUCGCCAGGUUCUAUAAGUGACUCUUUUUUUGUCUCCGCACUUAUACGAACUCCUCCUUAUCUCCGAUACGCAUUUCCCAAUCUGCCAAGGAUGGGGAUUUUGUACACGACACACACGCAGCAAUCUCCACUACUCACCGCUACAACCACCAACCACACUAACGACGACACGGCAUAAACGGGCGCUACUUUUUUACAAAAAGAAGGAGAAGAGGAGAAAGCUUGCAGCAUUUUUACAAGGCGUUUUAGACGGAUCUGGAUUUCCAAAAGUUUUAUACAUAAAAGAACAGGGUCUUAUUGUUUUAUUUGGGCAUCAUAAAAAUUAGGAUGUUCACUUCUUGCUUGGAGUUUUUCGGACUAUACCCCCCGGUCUAUUAGACAGUCGAGAGCACAUGAACCUCGAGGAAAUGCCUCGGGUUUAUCGCCUAGAACGGGCUUCUUGAUAGAGUCACUGAUUAGAAUAAUUAAUCAUGAAACCUAUUAAAACCAUU